AUGGCUUCAAUGCUGAAGUUACCAGAGUGCAUCAAGAGGAAAAUAUUUGCAGAAACAAGCGGGAGGGGUGGAGGAGGACCUCCAUAUUCUACUCAACCAGCGGACCCCCAGAUCUCCCCAAGGAUGACGGAUGAUUAUGCAGGGAUGCAACAGCAGAGCCUGCACAGAGGCCUUCCACACUCCAGUCAAGUCAGCCCAAUGCUUGCUUACAAUGCUCGGAACAGAGGGACUGUAGAGCCACUGCCAACACAGGGUAACCUUCAUAGUGGCAACGGCAACAACCUUUACAGGAAGGACACAAUGGAUUAUUAUUUUUCAGUGGGUGGGAAGGACCGGAACAGGAGAGGAGGUCUGGUCUACGGGGCAGGAUUUGGAUAUCCUAAUAUCGAUGGACACAUACCGCCCCAGUACAGACAUUCUGGCUCUGCAUCUGUAUUGUCUCCUGGAAUAAUGUCACAAUAUUCAGUGGACUACGGACCCAGCACUGGGUCAGGUGGAGGAUCUGGAGCAUUCUCUCCUCGUCAGUUUAAUAUCAGUCAGAAUCCUGCAUUGCAGACUAUACCGGCUUCUCAGAGUCGCCAACAUGGACAAACCUUUUCUCCAGUGCACCAUGGGCAACAGCAUAGGACGUAUCCAACCUCUGGGCACAGAAUGACCACUCAGUACCCACAGUACUCUCCGCAGGCUGGAGCAUCCACGGGGUCAUCAGGAAUGUACAGCCCCCCUCCACAGAGAUAUCUUGAUGGAACUGCUAACACCAGUUUUGAUUCCAAAGUAAACAGUUCUCACAGUGUCAACUCGAAUGCAAACUCUGCCUCUGGUUCAGUUGCUGGUAACAAUAUGGGGCCAGUAGAGAAUGUUCAACAGCGUUACCAUGCCUCAAAUUAUGCUGGAUAUUCUCCACAUACACACCCCCUUCACAAACAAGUCACACUACAGCACCGCAACUCGCAGCACAAUUUAGUUGUGGGUUAUGACAACCCUCUUAAAAUGCAGCACCAGGGUCCAUCUCCAGGUUCUGUAUAUGGUAAACAUCACCAAGGGUCCAACCCUAAUAUACCCAUUGCAGCAUCUGAAGAACUAGCCAAAUCCCCAAUGCAUGCUAAUUCCCAACAAAACCAGUUGAACCAAAACCUCAGCCCAAUAUCCAACCCUUCCCCGACUGCCUCUGCAGUACAUUCCCCGAGUUGUAGCUCCACACCUUCCCCAUUAAUGGGUGUUUCAGAGACCUAUGUAAACCCCUCUGGUCCUUCCCACCCUCCCACAUCUAAAGUCCAUAGCAGUCACAGUCAUAGACUGAUGCAGGCUGUGUCACAGUUAAGUCCUACACCCAAUUCAAAUAGUAGCGUCAGUAGUUGUGGCAGUCACAAAGGUCAUAGCAUGAGCACUGUUGGAGUAAACAGUAUCCCACCAACAAACUGCAACAAAAUAGGUGUAAGUUCAGGACUUGUGUCAAGAGAGGAAGGUUCAUCUGUUUAUUCAUCUCCAGUUGUGAAGAUGCAAGAUGCAGGACUGAAUAGCCUUAAUGCUUUGAGCUCCCAAGUAGCCAAUUUACCAAACACAGUUCAACAUGUGACGCUUAAUGACAAUGUGCUCUCACAGAAGAAAGGGAAAGAUGGCGGUCACGUGCAACAAGCAACACAUGGUGUUCCACCAUCACAACCAAGGAGUAGAAAUGCAAGCGCGGCCUCAAGCACAAGCACAGUUAAAGAUGUAGUGGGAGUUGGUGAUGGUGCCAGUUUAGACACGGUUGCUGUUGAAGGCUCUUCUUAUAUGUCAGUUGGGUCCUCAUUAGAGACCAAGACCGAGCAAGAGGAUCAUUUAAUAGAGGCUGAACAUACAAGACGGAGGCAAAUGAGUGGUGCAAGCAGUGGAUCUGAACCAUAUUUUUAUCAUACUCCGAGUCAAACCCAGGCACAAACAUCAGCACAUGCCAAAACCUCCACUUGCAAAUCAUCAGCAAAAGAAAUGAUUUCAAAAGCAAAUGAAGUUCCCACUGCUUUAUCAGCAUCUCCCACUUCUGAGUGUCAGUUAACAGAGACUGUGCUAAAAUCACAUUCAAAACUGACUGUUUCUUCAUCCAGGUCGUGUAAUAUUCCCCAUUCCCAGCCAAACUUUGGCUCACAUCCUCGUUUGGUAAAUAAUACUCCAAAAGGUGACAGGAGUACAGAAAUAACAAAUGAACGCAUCAAAACUGAAAAUGAAGAUGGGGUUGAGAAGAUGGAGAAAGGAAAUAACCCAAUGUUAUGUACUGGAGAAAUCAACACAAAAUAUGGCCAUGGCAAAGAAAAUAGAUUGCACACUGCAUCCACUGCACACAAUGACGGUGAACAAAAAACAGCUUCUGAAGAACAGCAAAAUGUUGGUGUGAUUGUUUCAGUUCGUUCUGAGGGAAGUCAUUUCGAAAAAGGCAAACAACCGCAGGAUCUCUCGCUGAAAGAAAAGCAGGCACAGUCUUAUUUAAAGGAGUCUAGUCAUAAUGGAGAGGAAGGUAUUGAUCUGAGUCGGUAUUCAUCUCGUCACUCAAAAUCCAAUAUUGAACAGCCCCAAAAUCUUGCCCAGUAUGGCCCACAUAAAUAUAGUUUUGGAGAGUCAACGUAUGGCUCAGAUUUGUCUGUGAUGAACAAAGGAAGGACUGGCCCAGCAGGUGUAAUGGAAUCAAGUUCCAGAGGCUAUCAGCAAUCUCACACUGGCUAUGGCCCUGAGCAGUCAAAAGAUCUGAGUUCUUUAGCAGAGGCUUUUGGGAGGAAAGGACAAGCUGCAGGAACUAAAGGUCAAGAGGACAAUUCGCAAUUGCAACAGUUUCCUAGCCUUUUACAAGAAGUUCUUCAAGGUUAUAAUUUAGACCGACGUUACGGUAGACCAGAACAGCCUUUUCCUGCACAUCUUCAAGUUCAACAACAAUUUCAAACAAGAUACCCAUAUGGACUGGUAGAAAAUCUAAGAAUGGUAGAUGGAGGAGCCAAUGACACUAUGACACAAGUUGGAAAACCACAACAUCCAAACCACAGACUGGAAAGUAAACCCAGUUUUGCAAUGCAUCCUCAAUCCUCUCUGAAGUCAGAGCCUUCCAUCUCCAAAAUAUUGCAAAAGACGGCAAAAAAGGAAGGGGAUUACUCCGAAGAUAAUUUACCACAAACAUUGGAGGCACAGCUAAUCCAACCAAAGCAUAUCAAUUUAGCAGACUAUUCUCUUCCACAAAGAAAAGUGUCAAAUGCAUCGACUUUGCCCUCUGCUGUGCAGGAGCUCCUUCUGCAAGAACCUGAGCCACUAAAAGGCUGUACUGGUCAAGCAGGAUCCCAAAAAUCAGAGCGACGCUCAGUCAUCUGUGAUGUGUCACCAAAUCGACGUAGCACACCUGAAAGGGACCGGGAAAGUAACAAAGAGCGAGAGAAAAAUCAGAUUGCCGCCUCUGUAAUUCAGCAUCCAUUUUCUUCUACAUCUGUCAAUGAUCUGAAUAAAAAUGACAUUUUAAGAAAAAAAGUGGUAAAGAUUGAAGCCGCGUCAACUGAUACUGGUCCCAACACCGAUUUUCGUGGUAGUGGUCGAACUAAUGAUGCUGAUAUGGAAUAUCAUUCAAAGUCCAUUUUGUUAAAUUCGGAACCGUAUAGGCAGAUGCCCCAUCCUCUAAGCUCCAAUCUGUUGUCAUCACCAUCAAGACAUCAGUCAUAUCUUCAGGGUGUCGAUUUAUCAACAGGUGAUGCCAACAGUUUUGCUGCUUAUCGGUUUGCAGAUUCGAGAGAAAGCAGUAUUAUGCCACACGGCAACCCUCAUUUUCCUUCCCAUCAUCCCUACCACAACAUAUCACUCCAGAGCCAAGCAAAUAAGAUUCAAAUGUAUCCUCACCCUCGUGGACCCCUUCAGCAUUCGCACGAAAUAAGUGAUUGGGUGAAAGCAAUGAACAGGUCUGCUAAGGACAUGAUGAUGAUGCCUGUUUCCUCCCCAGUAAGACCUAAAGUCAGCCAGUCAGAGCACAGACAAAGGGUGGCUACUCAAUCAGACGUGCACAGUGAACAACAUGGGACCAAAAAUUUGCUUCAUCAGCAAAGCGGAUUCUAUGACAUGAAAAUGUGGGAGUCAACACACCCUGGAAAAGAAGGUCCUAGAGUGAUUGAGACUGACCCUUGCUACAGGACGCAACCACCUCCUCCAUCAUCUGUCCCUGUAUGUUCCCAGGGCAUUUUCCCUCAGCAAAAGACGCAUGUCCCAAAUACAGCUGAGCCUGAGGAAACUAAACACCCCUGCCCUCCUCCAUGCAACUCUACUAAACCUCAAACUGACAUAACCUCCACUCAGCCACAGGUGCUGCGUCAAACUAAGUCUGGGGGACCUGCAGAGACAAAUCCUCUUAUUUUGAGGAGGAGAGUUCGUUCUUUUAUUUCUCCCAUUCCUGCCAAAAGGCUACUUCAGGAUGCAUCUCAGCUCAGGGCUGCCGCAAAUUCGCAUCAGUCCCCUGGGCCGCACUCUGAGUCAAACCAUCACAAUGAAGAUGAAUCAUCGUGUUCUGAGGUUUCACGGCUAUGUUCCCCUUUGCAUAGUGAUAAUACCUUUCCCAAAUCUCUAUCCCCGUCGAGUGGUAAUACGAAGGCCUUGCCUCCAAAGAAAGGACGAGGUUUGAAACUAGAGGCUAUUGUUCAGAAAAUAUCACCAAGUGUUACGAGGCCUGCAAGCAAUGUUGAUGAUGGAACCAAUCAUUACCCGGGCUUUACUCACACAGCUAUCCCAAGUCUUAGUGAUUCACAAGACAAUGACAUAACCCAAUUUCCCAGAGUUUCAGGAGGGGAUGAUGCUUUUAUGGAAGACAGUCGCUCAUUAAAUGACAUGAUGCCCUUCAGAGGAGUUGAUGAGACGGCCCCAUUGCCUCUCUCUAUCUACUCAUGUGAACCUCACCAAACGACCCAAACUCUCAAACAAAAAGACUUUGACUUUGGAUUAGGAACUUCUGUGGUGUCAGUGUCCGGUGACAAGGAAGACUUUGCUUUGCUAGGUCCUUUACCACCACCGCCACCCCUUCCUCGUCCAGUCCAGGGUUCUCCACCCCCAUCGUCAUCUGCCUUGUCAGACAUUCAACAUUUCACCAACACUUACCAGCAGCUUGAGACAAGAAGAGGAGAGCAAUCUGCCACUAACCUUCUCCGACAAAAACUUCAAGAAUCUGGAAUGGAAUUUGAUGAUUAUACCGGCAGUGACUACUAUGGAGCUACCUCACCACAUCAUAGCCAAUUUGAAGGACAUGGUCUGAGCAGACAUCCGAUGUCCUCUCCUCGGUGCAAUCUGUCUGCCCAAGAUUCUAAGUCUCUGGACAAUUCUGUGCCUAAAGGCUAUUUCCCAUCCGGCAAAAAGAAGGGCAGGCCAGUAGGGAGUGUGAACAAACAAAAACGCACUCAAAACCAAGGCCAAACACAAGGUUUGGUCCAACCUGAAGCUCAAAACGCAAUUCUGAAUUCUUCUCAACCUCCACUAACUCCCAUACCAGCAGACCCCAUAAUUUCAGAAACAAUGUCAAUUCUAAGUAGCCCAGAAGUCUCUGUCACAGCUUCUAUCUUGGAAAGCAAAACUUCUCCCCCUUUGACCCCACCCAUUUUAACCCAGGUCGUAAAAGUGGAUGUUGAGAGUGAAACGAUCCAGCCAGAGCUAGAAGUCAAGCCUGUGAGACGGCGGCGCAAGAGUUUGAAAGAUGAAAAUGGAUCACUAGAAAGAAGAGUGCGUCAAAGGGUAAGAAGAGGAGGGCCUGCAGCAUCACAAUCAGCCACUACAGAUGACACAGAUACACAUGUAGAGGCAAAAGGGGAUAACAGCGCAAAUAGAGCAUUCUUACAUCCAAAUCAGAAAGGCCUGUUUAUACCACACAUACAUGUAGAGAACAAAGUACCAGAGAUUGGGGCAGUCUGCACAAUUGUAAAUGCUGAGGAUGACAAGUUGAAAGGAGAGCGUAAUGCAGUUGGAGGGAAAACAGGUGGGAGUGGAAAUGAUUCCCUACCAGCUUCAACUCUUUCCUCCCAUGUAUCCAAGAGAGAAUCAGAAAGGAGAGAGACGGACGAAGUGGAAACGACACUUCAGUCAGGAAAAGCACUCCCUUCAUCUGGCUAUGUUGUUUCAGGGCCUGUUCAUACAGAAACGAAACACUCUGGCCGCCAGCUUUGCUGUUUAUGUCAAAAAUGGGCUAAUUACAAACACCUUGGAGAUCUUUAUGGGCCUUACUAUCCUGCCGAAUAUGCUGCAAAGCUUCCCAAGAAUCAGCCCCAAGUUAGACAAUGUCAAACAACCACAGGCACAAUCAAAACUGGACCAAACUCAGACAUCGACUUAAAUACUUUGAGUACUUUCCAACCCCCACAAACACAAUAUCCUCAGAUGACCAGACCCACAGUGAUGAGUAACUGUACGGUUAGCUUAGAUUCAAAUCUAAAAUCUCUUUCCACUGCAGUAAGAACUGCUAGCUUCUUAGCUAGUAAUGAGGAUAUGACUGGUGAGCCCAGUGCCACUGAUUUCUCUUACACCUCCAGCUACAGUAAUAACACAUCUCUAACCUGGGACAUGAACCUUGAUAUCAGACCUAUCCCAGAGCUAAAGAGAGAGCCAGACUUUGAGGUUGAACAGCAACAGUUUCCUACACAGCAGCAACCACAUCCAGCGGAUGAACCUCAACAACGACCACAACACCGGAAGCUGACCUCACAUCCUCGUUUUAAACGGAGGCACAAAUCUAGUGAAGACUCUCCUAGAAUGGUACCUUCCAACAGUAAGGCCUCGUUGCCCUUCCAGCCUCCACCGCCAGCCUUGGACUCCCUGGGACCGUUGGCACAACUUGCCCAAUUGCCUCAGAUGCCCAUGGACCCAGAGGAGUUGUGGGUUCAUGAAGGGUGUAUCGUGUGGACCAGUGGAGUCUACCUUGUCAAUGGGAGAUUAUAUGGCCUGCAGGAGGCACUGGAUGGCGCCAGAGAAACGAGUUGUUCAUACUGUGAGAUGAUUGGCUCUACCCUGGGCUGCUACACUAAAGGCUGUACACUUCGAUACCACUAUCUGUGUGCCAUUGAAGCAGAUUGUUCUCUUAACGAAGACAACUUCUCACUGCGAUGUCCGAAGCACAAGGUUAUUACUGAUCAACUUCUUUGGUCAACUCUACCUCAAGCAGGUUACGCAGGGCGUCGGGCCGGCCAAACCAGCGUACUCGGAGCAGUCAGAGAGAGGGUGAGACAACUGCAGGAGUCUGGAUGCAGUUUGGACAAGGGACUAAGGGAUGACACUUGUUGUGAAGAAGAGUUGCGCAGGACCCAGGCGGAGCAACACAAGGGAAUGUAGAAUUUGAACACCGAUCCGCAUCAUUCACACUCAAGACAUUACCCAAAAGAGAUGCUUUUUUUUGUCUCGGAGAACUCUUAUUGCGCUUUAACUUCAAAGCAGAAAAAAAAAGACAAAACCACGCCGCAUAAAGGAGCAAAGCUGAAGGAAAGACUUAAAAAAAAAACAAAGAAAAAAAAAAAACAAAGAAAGAAAACACUAACUGAGAUGGAAAGAGAUGUCAAACCAGACGGAGGAACAAAAUAACUUUUUUUCCAUGAAGAACAAAGGGAGAGAAUUUCCUUUCUGGGCUGACUUUGAUUUUCUCGAAGUGUUAAACUCUCGUUUAUCACCUGUUUUAUCAUUUUGUUUAUCCGGAAUCUAUUUUCUUUUAAGGACACCUGUUGAGAGCCUUUUAUCUCAUGAUAUCAGAAUUCAUAUCCUAGCCCUCCAUUAUUAUUUUUCUAUCCUCAUCAGUAUUUACCUAAAAUGAUGAAAUGGAUGUAUCUCACUUUAUAUUCAGUCUCAACCUUAAUUGGCUGCUUUUUUUUUUUUUGGUGACUUUUUAAUCUUAUUUUCCCGGAGGGAAGAGAGCCAGAUUCACGUCUGGAACGUCAGGGUUGAGUUUGCCACAAAGACAUUUAUUGCCUUGGAGAAUGGACAUCUGUUGCCUUUCAAUAGAGUGCGUGUGUGUGUGUGUGCACGUGUGUGUGUGUGCGUGUGUGUGCGCAAAAGAGAAAGUGCUAUACCAUGGUGGUCCUUUUUGAAAAGUGUUCUUAUUUUUCAUCAGUGAGCUUUUUACGGUACAGCAAGUAACCCUGAAAACGCAGAUGAGCACGGUCGUAUUUUUUUCGUUUCGGGGAAAGUCGACUGUGCAGGCGUCAGGUGACGUGACGCGGUUGGCCCCGACGGGGGCCUGUAGGGACCAAGCUCCAGCAAGUACUGUCGGGGAGAUGGGGAAUCCAUUCAAAAGAGGCCGUGCCAUCCAAUUUUAUUGUGACUCGUACACGGUGUUGUCUUGACCAUUUUUUAUUGUUAUUCUUGUAAAAAAAAAAAAAAAAACUCAAGCUAAAAGACGGCAGUUACACUACCCAAACCAUGCUGUAUCACACAACCUGUCAAUAUGUAUAUGAAUUAUCAAUACACUUCAAAAGCUUCAA